GUCAUCCCGAGGAUGAACGAGAUGAUACGAAAUUUCCACGUUUUUUGAUUUGAGCUUCAUCCUCCAUCUGCAAAUUUUAUUCUCUUUUUAUUUUUGCCGCCGAUUUGUCGACAGUGCAGGUGUGACAGUCGUUGGUUUUUAGCUAGCCUAGUUAAAGAAUAAUCCGAAAAUGACUACUGAUCACGAUCAAGCCGGCGACUGUCCCGACGAUUUGGAAUCUGUUGAGGAGGAAGAAGACGUGGACGAAAGUCAUAAAAAAAACAUGGAUUUUCCCAGCGUUAUGGCCGCUAUCAAAGCAGCUCAACGGAGUUCUGAAUUGCUAGCCUCACUGCCCCCAUCCGUAAAGCGUCGCGUUAAAGCUUUGAAAAAGAUGCAGCUCGAAGCCACAAAUAUCGAAGCUGAAUUCUUCAAGGAGGUACAAUAUUUAGAGUGCAAGUAUCAUAGAUUAUAUGUUCCUUUAUACGAAAAGAGAAAUACUAUUGUAAAUGGUUCAUACGAGCCUACAGAAGACGAAUCUCAGUGGCCCUCCGACGAUGAAGAUUUGCCUAAUGCACUUAAAGAAAAAGCUAAGCUUGAUGAAGAGAAGAAAGAAGCAAAAGCUAAAGAAGAUCCAGAUAAUGUGAAAGGCAUUCCAGAAUUCUGGUUGACCAUAUUCAGGAAUUGUAGUUUGUUGUCUGAAAUGGUCCAGCCCUGUGAUUUUCCUAUUUUAGAACAUCUCACAGAUAUUAAAACAUUUUGCAAGGAAGAGCCUAUGAGCUUUAGUUUGGAAUUCCACUUCUCUUCUAACGAAUACUUCACCAACAAAGUCCUAACCAAGGAAUACCUCAUGAAAUGCGUGCCCGACGAUGACGACCCGUUCGGCUUCGAAGGCCCCGAAAUCUUCAAAUGUACCGGCUGCACGAUCAACUGGAACAAGGGCAAAAACGUGUCGGUGAAGACAGUGAAGAAGAAGCAGAAACAUAAGAGCCGCGGCGUGGUGAGAGUCGUCACCAAGACCGUCCAGAACGACUCUUUCUUCAAUUUCUUCACCCCGCCCACCAUUCCAGAAGGCACCAAGGACGAAGACGUCGACGAGGACGUCCGUAAUUUGUUGACCAGCGAUUUCGAGAUUGGUCACUACAUCAGAGAGAGAGUGGUGCCCAGGGCUGUGCUCUUCUUCACGGGCGAGGGUCUCGAAGACGAGGAAGACUUUGAGGAAGAGGAGGAGGAUGAAGACGAUGAAGAAGAGGAAGGAGAUUCGGAUACAAACACCGGCAAGAACCAGGAACAGUGUAAGCAGCAAUGAGGCUGGAGGUCGACUUUCCGCCGGAUGUAAUCACAAUAUCGGGUCUCCCGCACCGCCGAAAGUUGAGAAACAAAUUAUCAGUUAAGUUAUGCUCUUUAUUUUUGUAUUGUGCUUUUAGUGUUGUAUAUUUAUAUAUAAAUUUUUUUCUCGCUAUACGGCAUCAUUCAAAAUUGUUGGUAUAUUUAUAAAUGAAAGUAAAUCGCCUGUAAUGUUUUGAGAUUAAAUUAAAUUUUGAGGCGAAA